CGAAACAUUUACGCUUCGGGAUCUCGACACAGUCGAAACGUCAGUUUCGCGGGAGCCAUCCUUACCAUUGCCAACAACACCGGACAUUUCCUGCUUGGUCAUUUAAUCUGUCAUCUGUCUCUUUAUUUUAAUAAUCAUUGUUUGUUUUCACGUACAUUUGCUUCCGCGCAGUUCGUGCCAUUACAAAGGGCAGUGCGUAUGACCGCUUUUAUAUGAGAGACACAUCCUGAUUUUAAAGGUGAUGGCCUGAAAUUAAUACAUUAACAUGAAGAGGAGCAUCAUAUAUUUCUGGAUUUGUUCUUUGGUAAUCUUUCAUCCAAUCGUCCAUGGACAGGAUGAAGUUCCAUCACAGAUUUCCGACAAUCUUCCAUUAUUGUUGUCCAUGAACAACGAUUUUGGUUUUCGCCUGUACAAGGCUCUUUCGGCAAUACCCGAAAAUCAGUCCAAGAAUAUUUUCUUCUCUCCAAUAAGUGUGUCAAUGGCCCUUUCUGCGCUGUCUUUAGGAGCUGGUGGUGAGACCAAACAGCAGCUUCACCAGGGCAUUGGCCAUAACAGCUCUGUCUUAGACACCGAAGAAAUGCACAAGACAUAUCAAAGUCUCUUGGAGGAAAUCAACCAGAAGACAGGGGUGGACAUUGAUGUCGGUACCGCUGUUUAUCUGAGCGACACGUUUAAGUCCCAUCCUGAGUUUUUUGAGAAGGUAAAGCAGUUUUACCUGUCAGAAGGCUUCUCCGUGGACUUCAGUUCCAAAGAAACUGUAGAAAAGAUUAAUGCAUAUGUAAAGGAGAAAACACACGGCAAAAUAGAUAACGUUGUUCAACACCUAACUUCUGAUAUGGAGAUGAUCCUUCUCACUUACAUAUAUUUUAAAGGAAAAUGGGAUAUGCCAUUUGACCCAAAAAUGACCCAUAAGAGUAAAUUUCAUGUGGAUGCUGAUACUACCGUUCAAGUACAAAUGAUGCAUGAAGAAAAUAAAUUCAAAGUUUUUUAUGACCAACACCUCUCCACUAAAGUCCUUGCUCUCGACUACAAUGACUCGUUCUCCAUGUUUCUGGCUCUCCCAGACAAAUCCAUCACUGAUCUAGAGGCGGCUAUUAGUCGUCAAGACUUUGAAAAGUGGAAAAACAGCGUUUCGAAAAGAAAAGUUGACGUCUCUGUCCCCAAGUUGUCUCUUAAAACCUCAUAUACCUUAAAUGAGAUUUUGAAAGGGAUGGGAAUGCAUGAAAUGUUCACGGGUAAUGCCAACUUCACAAGACUUUCAGCAGAAGGUUUGUCCGUUUCAAAGGUAGUGCAUAAUGCGGCUCUUGAUGUAGAUGAAGAAGGAACCACUGCAGCAGCCGUGACUAGAAUUAUGAUGGAAAAUUCUUACAAUCCAAUGAACUAUUUUAUUUUUGACUGUCCAUUUAUGAUCUUUAUCGUUGACCACCAAAAUUCAAUCCUCUUUAUGGGAAAAAUUGUCAACCCAGCAGAAAAGUAGUGACGACAUUCAAGAUGUUGUAAGCAGUGUGAGCCAGCAGAUGGCCUUGAUGUAAUGAUUUUUUGCUGACCUUUCUGCAGUUUGUUCAUUGACAUGAUGUUGUAGCAAAUAGCAACUUCUGACAAUACACUAUCUGUAAACAAUAUCUACAUACAGUCAGAACAUGUCAAGCAUUUAAUAAAGACUGGUGCGUCUGUACAUUUACUAGUUUAAAUAUCUUUAACCAAAUUUUCUCCCAUACAUUGUCAAAAAAGGUACAAAACAGUACCUUUUCUGUCGCUAGGCUGGUACCUUUAAAGGUUCAUUUUUGUACCUUUAUGAGUAUACAACAGAGGUGUAAAGAGUAGCUGAAAGCCAUACUUGAGUAAAAGUACAAAUUCCUUACUGUAAAAAUUACUCCACUACAAGUUACAAGUUACCAUUUUAGUCUAGAAAUCUACAUUCAAUUUAAUUUAAACCCAUUUAAUUUUAGUCUAGUGUCAUUGUGUUCUUGAAUGUGCCAUGCUGAAAAAUAUAUAGCUUAACUUUGUGAUAUAAAUAUAUGGAAACACUUUACAAUAAGGUUCAUUAGUUAACAUUAGUUAGCUACAUUACUCAACAUGAACUAAUAAUGAACUGCACUUAUACAGCAUUUAUUCAUCUUUGUUAAUGUUAAUUUCAACAAUUACUAACAAAGGGUCCCUUGACAGAAGCAAAUGUGAUAUGCAUCCAUAUGUUUGCUCUUUAUCUCUUCUCUCAGACCAGACGCGAACUUUUCUCUACAGUUUAUGACAUACGCAGCACGCAGAUGUCCCGCUACGGUGGCUCAACGCAAGCCAUUCAGCGUUUGACAUCAAAGUACCGCGAGACCAGACUUCUCCAUAUGCAUUUGAUUCGCUCUCGCAGUACUUUGAUUUCAUACGUUUGCUCUGCGCAACGCCAAAUGAAGUCCCUCAGUUGUGUGUGUGCGUGUAACCUCGCGACCACAGACUCUAUCCAUCAUCACUCUCAGACACUUUCGUCUCGUUUUUAUUUGACGAAUAAACAAUGUAGCGAGUAACGGUAAGUGUCAUUUCAAAUGUAGUGGAGUAAAGAGUACAAAUACCCAAUCAAAAAUGUAAUUGAGUAGAGAGUAAAAGUUGCCUUGAUAGUCAGUACAAGUACAAAGUAGCCCAAAAAAUACUUUAGUACAGUAACGAAGUACAUUUACUCGAGUACUUUACACCUCUGGUAUACAACAAAUAAUGUUGUACCUUUUGGGGUAUAAUAUUAUACCCCAAAGACCUGUUGUGUACCUUAAGGAACAAUUUGGUACCAGUUAAUUGAUAGGUGUACAAAACGUGUUUCUUUAAAGGUACACAAUAGAUCCUUAAGGUAAACUACCCCAAAAGAUACACCAUUGUAAUAUGUUUAGUAUACAUAAAAACGUACAAAAUGAAACAUUAGGGUACCCCCAGCGACCUUUUUUUUCUGACCGUGUAUGAUAAACUCUGACAGGUUUAUAACCAAUAAAAAGACGUAAUUAUUA